AUGUCUGUCCUACUACAACGGGUGCCGCCCGUACGAGGGCGAUGUCCACUCGACCUGGCCGCCUGCGCUCCUGCCCGCAGAGCACUCCGUCGAGGGUACGCGGUCCACGCCCAACCAACAGCUUCCAGGAGGAAAGCAGCCAUUCCUCCAUACCAGAAGAUCCUGAAGAAAUUCGAAGACGUCAGAGCCAUUCUGGGAUCUCGAAAGCUGACUCUCGCGGAGAAGAUCCUCUAUGCCCACCUUGACAACCCCGAGGAGUCAUUGUUGACCAACACCGACAACGGCAACAAGAUUCGUGGCAAUGCCAACCUCAAGCUCAAGCCCGACCGAGUGGCUAUGCAAGAUGCGUCCGCUCAGAUGGCCAUUCUGCAAUUCAUGACCUGCAACCUUCCCUCUACGGCCGUUCCCGCGAGUAUUCAUUGUGACCACAUGAUUGUGGGGGAAAAGGGCGCAGACACCGACUUGCCCAACUCGAUUGCCGGCAACAAGGAAGUGUUUGAUUUUCUGGAGUCUGCCGCAAAGAGAUAUGGGAUUGAAUUUUGGCCCCCAGGUGCCGGCAUCAUUCAUCAGACAGUGUUGGAGAACUACUCGGCACCAGGUCUGAUGAUGUUGGGUACUGACAGUCACACGCCAAAUGCUGGGGGUCUAGGUGCCAUCGCGAUUGGUGUUGGUGGCGCUGAUGCUGUUGAUGCACUUGUUGACGCCCCAUGGGAGUUGAAAGCGCCUAAGAUUCUAGGUGUCCGUCUAGAGGGCAAACUGAGUGGCUGGACUUCACCAAAAGACGUGAUCCUACACCUUGCAGGCCUCCUCACGGUCCGAGGCGGAACAGGCUCUGUCAUCGAGUACCAUGGACCUGGGGUCGACACACUGAGCUGCACUGGCAUGUCUACGAUAUGUAACAUGGGGGCCGAGGUUGGCGCCACCACGUCCAUUUUCCCAUUCUCCGACAACCACAUUCCUUACCUGCAGGCUACAGGACGAGAGCAAAUCAUUGACGCCGUCCGAGGGAUUGCGUACGGAUCGGAAAAGCACAACUUCCUACGGGCCGAUAAAGGAGCCGAAUAUGAUCAAGAGAUCACGAUCAACUUGUCCGGCCUCGAGCCUCACAUCAACGGACCCUUCACCCCUGAUUUGUCAACGCCGUUGUCGAAGUUCAAGGAUGCGGUUCAGACAAACAAAUGGCCCGACACCUUUUCGGCAGGUCUCAUCGGCAGCUGUACAAACAGUUCCUAUGAGGAUAUGACUCGGGCGGAAGAUUUGGUGAAGCAGGCACAAGCAGCAGGGUUGAAGCCGAAAUCCGACUUUUUCAUCACCCCUGGCAGUGAGCAGGUCCGCGCCACACUUGAGGAUAACAAGACUAUUGAGACAUUUGAAAAAGCCGGCGGCACAGUGCUCGCCAACGCUUGCGGACCUUGUAUCGGACAGUGGAAACGUACUGACGGGGUCAAGAAGGGCGAAGACAAUGCCAUUCUUUGCUCUUACAAUCGCAACUUUCCCGGUCGAAACGACGGAAAUCCUAGAACGAUGAGUUUUCUGGCUUCUCCCGAGAUCGUCACCGCCAUUUCAUAUUCCGGAUCCACCUCGUUCAAUCCGAUGACCGAUGAGAUCCCACUGCCUUCAGGCGAGAAAUUCAAGUUCCAGCCUCCUGAAGGCUCCCAGCUACCAGGCUCGGGCUUCGCAAUUGGGAAUCCCGCAUUUCUGCCGUCAUCUGCUGAACCGGAUCCCAGUGUCGAGGUUGUUGUGGACCCAGAGUCUGACCGACUGGCUCUUUUGGAACCGUUUGAGCCGUUCCCAGAAGGCGACCUCAAGGGGCUCAAGGUCUUGUACAAGGUUAAGGGUCAAUGCACCACCGAUACCAUUUCUGCAGCCGGUCCAUGGCUCAAAUAUAAAGGGCAUCUCCCCAAUAUUGCCGAAAACACCCUUAUCGGUGCCGUCAAUGCAGCGACUGGGGAAACCAACGUUGCUUAUGAUGACGACGGCUCGAAAUUCUCCAUUCCAGAUCUUGCGAAGAAAUGGAAAGAGCAAGGUCAACAUUGGCUGGUGGUGGCCGAAGACAAUUACGGCGAAGGGUCCGCAAGAGAACAUGCCGCUUUACAGCCGAGAUAUCUUGGAGGCCAGGUCAUAUUGGCCAAGAGCUUUGCACGUAUCCAUGAAACCAACCUCAAGAAGCAGGGAGUGGUGCCGUUGACCUUUGCGAAUAAGGAAGACUAUGAUCGAAUUGAUGCAUGUGACAAAGUCGACACAGAAGGUCUAUGGGAUGUCUUGCAGAACGGAGGCCAAGGCGAAAUCAAGCUCCGCGUCACAAAGACAAAUGGAGAAAGCUUCAGCAUUCCAGUCAAGCAUACAUUGAGCAAAGACCAAUGUGCGUUUAUCCUGGCCGGAAGUGCUUUGAACCUGUUAUCGAAGCAGAGCAAGAAAUGA